AUGCAGCUCCUCCACUACUCGCCGACCCCGUACCCUCCCAUCCUCGCCCCGCCGCCCCGCCGCCGCGGAUUCCUCUGCUCCUCCGUACCUAACGUUGCCCGGGGUGCAAGCACGCCCGCCGCGGCGCCGCGGGGUGCCCCCGCCUCCGCCCUCGCCGCAAACCGCGUCGUGGUGCGACACUUCACCUCAUACACUAAGAGCAGUGGGGAUGCUCUGACGCUGGACUACCUGGCCACCGUGGACGCGUACCCGCGGCCCGACGACAAGAUCCGCAGCGGAGAACUGCAGAUAUCGGGCGGCGGGAAUGCCGGGAACGCGCUGACGGGCGCUGCUCGUCUGGGCCUCAACACGAGGCUCAUCUCCAAGGUGGCCAGCGAUGAAAUCGGAGGAACUGUUCUUUCGGAACUCCAGGAAGCUGGAAUCGAUGUGUCGCAUGUUAUAAUCUCUGAUGGUGGAAACACAACAUUUGUCUAUGUCAUUAUUGAUAAGAAAACUAAAACUCGUACAUGCAUAAUCACGGCAGGCUACCCUCCAAUGGUUCCUAAUGAUUUAUCAAUGUCAAAUCUGUCAGCUGCACUGCAAGAUGUAAACUUGUUAUACCUAGAUGGAUAUUCACAUGAAAUGGCACUGGCUGUUGCUAAGCAGGCUGAUCUAAUGAAGAUUCCAAUACUGGUUGAUGCGGAACCAGAAAGAACAAAGGCUGAACUCGAAAGUUUGCUUGGCCUAGCGAGUUACAUUGUCUGUUCGGGGAAAUUUCCAGAGAAAUGGACGUCCAUCUCAUGCAUUCCCUCGGCACUUCUAGAGAUCCUUGUGCAAUAUCCUCAUGUGAGAUUCAUGAUUGCAACCAUUGGAGAAAAUGGAUGCAUGAUGCUUGAGAGGAGCGAAGGCAAUAGUUCUGAAAUAGAUGCAGCAGAUAUAGAGGAUGUUGCCGAGUCCUUGAGGCUGAAAGUGCUUAAAGAUGACAACCUGCCAACUUGUGUAUCAUCCAAGUUCAUGGGACUCUCUUCAAGAGGGCAUGGUACUGUUACUAGUACUAUAUUUGGAAGAUUGCUCAUAGGAACAGCAGAAAAAAUUCCUAGCCCAGAGCUUGUUGACACCACUGGUUGUGGCGACGCGUUUAUAGGAGCAGUACUUUAUGGACUAUCCACGGAUAUGCCACCCGAGAAGAUGCUGCCUUUCGCCUGCCAAGUGGCGGCCAUAAAAUGCAGAGCGAUCGGUGCGCGCACGGGCCUACCAUGGCAGUCUGAUACACGCUUGUCUAAAUACUUGUGUUAGGCAUUCUGAAAAUUGUGUGGAGAAGAAAUAAAGGUUUAGAGAAAUGCACCAUGUCCUCAGCUGUUGCUUAAGAGUCCAUGGGACUGAAACAUGGUGAGCGUCGGUGAUAAAGUUUCGUAUUAAAAGUUGAAAGUAUGCAUCCAGAGGUACUGUUUGAGUGAAUAAAAUCAGCGAGCGAUGCAGUGUUGUCAGGGAAGGCAGUAUUUCCCCACAAUUUAAGCUUGUUCCUUUUUUUUUUGCGAUUA